AUGUUGCCUCAAUCUCUCCUGGCCCUCGUUGGAGGCCUAUCGCUAGCACUGGCCGCCCCCACGUGCAAGAAGCGCAUUUCCAAUGGCGACAAUGGCGGCAAUGGUGGCAAUGGCGGCGAUGGUGGAGGCAAGGAUGACCCCUUCUCGCCGGUGUCUAACGUGAAGGGGUUGGCUUUUAAUCGAUUUGUCCAGGUCUGGAUGGAGAAUAAGGACUAUGAGGACGCCGUCAAGAAUAAAGACUUCGCCGAACUCGCGAAAGAAGGCUUGCUGUUGACCAACUUCUAUGCCCUGACCCAUCCCUCCAUGCCGAAUUACAUGGGCGCUGCCGGUGGCGACACCUUCGGUCUGGACAAUGACGAAAAUCUGAGUGUCCCCGCCAACAUCUCCACCAUCGCGGACAUGUUCGACACCAAGCAGAUCUCCUGGGGCGAGUACCAGGAAGACAUGCCCCACGUGGGGUUCCAGGACGAAGAUUACCAGAACGACGGCGAGGACGACUACGUGCGCAAGCACAACCCCCUGAUCAUGUAUGAGUCGGUGACCAAGGACGCGACGCGCCUCCGCCAGAUCAAGAACUUCAAGCACCUCGACGACGACUUGCAGCAGAAGCGCUUGCCACAGUUCAGCUUCAUCACGCCCAACAUGACCAACGACGCGCACGACACCGAGCUCGAGGAAGCCGCUGGCUGGGUCACCGGCUUCCUGAAGAACCUGCUGCAGAACGAGUAUUUCAGCACCGAUACGCUGGUCAUGCUCACCUUCGACGAGAACGACAACACGGACAUCGGCAACCAGGUUUACACCCUUCUGUUGGGCGGCGCCGUCCCCCAGGAAAUGCGCGGCCAGACGGACGACACCUUCUACACGCACUACUCCACCAUCGCGUCCCUGGCGGCCAACUGGGGCCUCCCGUCCCUGGGCCGCUGGGACUGCGGCGCGAACCUGUUAGGCUUGGUGGCCCAGAAGACCGGCUACGUCAACUGGAAGGUCGAGAAUACCAAGAAGCUGAUGCUCAGCGAAACGAACGAGGGUCCGCUCUCGAGAGAGGAUGGAGGCCAUUUUUCGGGCGAGUGGCCGGCUCCCUUGACGGAGGCUCAGUGCUCUGCUGGACACGGCAUCUUGCCGGUGGUUCAGAAGACCUGGUCUGGACACAAGCCGACGUUCAACUACCUCAGCCCCGUGCCGCAUGACUCCAAGAACGACAUCAACAUCGGUGUAUCGUAUAGCCGAACUCUGAAGGGAACGCAAGAGAGCGGAAUCACCAAGUAG